AAAGAAGAGAGCGAGCGAGAGAGAGAGAGAGAGAGAGAGAGGCCAGGACAAACCCUGAUCUUCUGCCAACAAUGUUCAUGUCCAAAGCUGUCAGCCGGCUGAGCCGCAAGCGACCACCUUCAGAGAUCCACGAUGAUGCACGUGCCAGCAGUAGUCAACAGAGCACAAGAGGAACCUCCAAAUGGGCCAUUUCAUUAGAACACCUCCUAGAAGAUGAGGAAGGAGUGAAACAUUUUAGGGAUUUUCUGAAGCGGGAAUUCAGCGAGGAAAAUGUUUUGUUUUGGUUAGCGUGCGAAGAGUUCAAGCAUAUUCAAGACAAGAGGCUGCUGCAUGAGAAGGCACAGCAGAUCUACAGCACCUUUCUGUCCAGUAAAUCCUCAACUCAGGUCAACGUAGAGGGACAGUCACGCCUCAGUGAGAGCAUGUUGGCCGAACCUCAUCCCCUAAUGUUUCAGAAACUGCAAGACCAGAUAUUUACCCUCAUGAAAUACGACAGCUAUAACCGCUUCUUGAAAUCCGCAGCAUUCCAACGCGCCCAGCAAAAGGAAGAGAGCAGGAAAGGUUCUCCAGACACAGACGAAUCUGUACCCAAAAGGGCAUCCAGGAUUUACAAUCGGUAGCCAGGAAGACGGAAAGUCUUCAGUGCCACUGUGCGCUUUUGUUUGCUUUUACUUGCUAGUGGAGUGAAGACAUUUACGAUGCCCGUCUGGAUAACAGUUGACCGUUAUUGGUGGCGCAAGAAUAGGAACGUGCUUGUAUUCUGCGCCAGGUAGUAAUCAGCACCCCCUCAGGUCAGGUAAGGCACAGGAAAAACACGACUGCCACUCUAAACGUUGCAGACUCUUACACUUAAAUCUGAGUCAUCGGGAUAGACCAGGCGCUGUUCCGACUUCAACCUCUGACGUGAAAGGCAGCGACGCAAUUACUGCCUUCAGAGCACUGAGACCGCAACUGCCAGCCAUCUCACACUGCCGACCUCUGUUGCUAGAAUCCACUCGUGUUCCCCUUUCUGUCAGGGGAAGACAAUUGUGUCAAACUAUCGCUUUGGCUGCACUAGUCCUAAAGCAGACAGCACAGCUGGCCCUCGCUUUACUGAAUACUGCCUACGUCCAACUAUUUUAACCAGGCUAGUUAGUGAGAUAUGCAGAGUAAUACUGGGUAACAUUGAUCAACAGGGAUGUUACACUGAGGACCGCCAACCUUAUCCGGCUGGCAGAACGACACACUUCUGUAUAGCGACCCGCGCGACUGAAAUACACCCCAUUCCUCACAGCGAAACAUUGGUGCUUGUUAUGUCAACUAAUCUGUGGCGGUGAAUGACCCUUCAGGGAGCUUAUCGUGAGCAUAACCUGAAUAGGAUGGGAAACUAACUGAGGUGGAUUUAGAAUUGACCCC